AUGAAGCUAUUAUUUUCUUAUAAGAUAAAUAUACUGCAAUGUUUUAAUAACUUAUCUCCGGCUUCAUGUUUUUAUGGUAAAGAUCAAGUUGAAUUAGUUCAUGGAGAAAAACGUUCGAUUGAAAAUUUGGUAAUAGGCGAUCGUGUUUGGUCAAUUACUCCAGAUGGAAAUUCAUUAAUAGAAGACGAAAUUAUAAUGAUGAUGCAUAAUGAACCAAAUAUAUCAGCAUCGUUUUAUACAUUCAAAACAAUCGAAGGAUAUGAAGUUAGUCUUACUGAUCGACAUAAUAUUCCAGUAUUUGAUUCAAAAGAAAAUCAAAUCAAAAUCAAACGUUCAUCACUUGUACGACAAGAAGAUUAUUUAUUAAUGUAUAAUAGAAAAAUCAAGAUUGAAAAUAUAUCAAUAAAUACUCGUAUUGGAUUUUAUUCACCAUUAACUUUAACGGGUUAUUUACUGGUUAAUAAUAUUUCAACAUCGGUUUUUUCUGAUAGUUAUAAGACUUCAUCAAAUACAAUUCAACUUGGUUUUCUUCCAAUUCGUCUUUAUUAUCGUUUAGCACGAAUGAUCUAUGGAAAAAGUUAUAAUCCAUUUGGAGAUAUUCAAUAUGGUUUACAUCCGGUUGCGAAAUUUUAUAAAGAUUAUCAAAAGCAACUUCGGUUUUGGUUUCAUACAUCAAAAUAUAUUCUUCCAACAAUUUUGAUUUAUUUUAUUAUGAAUUUUUUCGAAAAAACAAUUCUUCCAAAAUUACAAAAAAUAUUCAAAUAG